ACUUGUUGGUUUACAUUACCCUGUGUUUUUAGACCCCUUUCACAACCCAACGGAAGAAAGAUGCACUUACAAAUUCCCAAACACGCCGUUUUGGCUGCUGUGAAAGCUACAAAAAGAGCUUUAUAUUUGUAUGUAGCACUGGACGCGGCAAAAUGGCCUGCGACAGCAAGGUACAUCCUCUCUGCUUUGUAUUCCGUGGUCAUCGAAAGUGGAAGGACACGACUGGACUGUAAAGUUGUAUUUCACUAUUCGGGGAAAAGAUUAUGUGUAAACACUGUCUCCUCACAGACCCAAGAUGAAAACUUGUUUUCAGUAGCAGAAGAUGGAGAAGAGUGGAGUUCAACUGGUGAGGAGGACAACCUGGGUUGGAAACUCGAGGACGUGGAGUAUUUGGAUAGCAUCGACGCAGCGUUGACAAUGCCUGGAGAUGUUGCCAGUAUUCGACGCUAUUUUCGAAUGGGAGUAGCUGCAGUAGAAUUACCACUGUCAGCGGAAGAUGACUACGUGGAGAAAGUGGUGGAUGAGAAGGUACCUGGUGAUUGGGAUCGAUUUGUGGAGGGUCGCAACCCUCCUUAUGAAGUGGUAGCAGUAGGUGGUACGUUUGAUCGUUUGCAUGCAGGGCAUCGUUUAUUGUUGAGCGCAGCUGCCUGGAGUUGUAGUCGGCACUUGAGAAUUGGAGUAACGGGUUCAAAACUGCUUCAAAAUAAGCAGUGGAAGGAAUUGAUUGAGCCUUAUGAACAGCGAGUUGCUCAAGUUGUGGAAUUUGUGAAAAGCAUUCGUCCACAUCACUUGUGUGUCACAGCGGUAGAGUUGAAUGAUGUGGAAGGUCCUACGAUAGAAGAUGGUACGAUCCAAGCUCUUGUAGUUUCAGAAGAGACAUAUGCUAAUGCGCAAUCGGUAAACCCUAAACGAGCGGAAAGAGGGUUGGAACCUUUAGAUAUUUUUUCAGUGAAUGUAUUGUCGUUAACAAAGAUGGGUACCGCUGAAAAGCUAAGUUCUACCAAGUUGAGGGAAAUGGAAGCUAGGAAAAAGGUGUCGAUGGAACGUGUAUCGUUGUCAUAAUGGGUUCUCAUCUUGUUUUACUAUUCAAGGAAGAAUGAAAUGUGGAGAAAUGAAAACUUGAUGUUAUGUUUGGGAACAAGUCCGAAAUGUCCAUUCGAAUGGGUAAUCAUAGAAUAUUUGUGUUGUGAAUAGCCAAGUAUUGUGUUGUUGUUGGAGUAGAAAUAAACUUGCGUCAUUUGAAUAUUUUCG